GAGCCAUCUCGGACCACAGUGUGAUGUUAUCGUCGUCUGGACGGGUGCAAUUCCGUGUUUGUAUAAGUUUGUAGGUAUAAGCUGGUAACUAUUUGCUAAUCACAAGAUUCGGCACAGUACGAUACCACAUGAAUCUGUCUUUUGCUGGCUGUGGUUUUCUUGGGAUAUAUCACGUUGGUGUGGCUUGUUGUUUUCGCGAAUAUGCUCCCAACGUGGUUCUACCCACACCGGAUAAUGAGGUUGUUAUGUCUGGAGCAUCGGCUGGCGCUCUCACCGCUGCUGGAAUCAUCUGUAACUGUGAUCUCGGUCAAGCAACGACUGACACGCUACGCGUGGCACAGAAAGCUCGCUCCCGCGCUCUCGGUCCAUUCCACCCCAGCUUUAAAAUCACAAGGAUCCUGCAAGAUGGCUUACUGUACAUUCUCCCCGACAACGCACAUGAAAUAUGUGACAGACGAUUGCACAUCUCAUUGACCCGAGUCUCAGAUGGCAAGAACGUGGUGGUCAAUAGAUUUUCGAGCAAGGACGAGUUAAUACAGGCAUUGAUCUGUAGCUCGUUCGUCCCUGUAUGGAGUGGUUUUGUGCCACCAAAGUAUCGAGGAGUGCGUUACAUUGAUGGAGGAUUGAGCAACAACAUCCCUAUUGUCAACGAGCACACAGUCACGGUGUGCCCCCUUGCGGGAGAGACUGACAUCUGCCCAGAUGACAUGUCUAGUAGUUUCCUUCACUUGAACUUCGCACAGACUAGUGUGCAAAUGACGACCGAGAAUGUUUACAGAUUGACACGGGCUUUCUUCCCCCCACAUCCUGAGGUACUGAGUGCCUGGUGCAAGCAAGGCUUCGAAGAUGCCCUGCACUUUCUACAGAAAACUAACGUGAUCAGCUGCACACGAUGCCUCACCCUGCGCACAGUCAUCCCCGUCUUCAGGGACACGACGGCAAUCCGCCGCAGCUCGUCACAGACAACCAAUCACGCUGGCUCGCACGCUGCCGAGCACAGCGCUCCGGUGGCGCCCUCUCAUCCUCCCGAUAAUUGCGAAGACUGUCGCAAUUUUAAACGGCACAUAUCGCAGACGAGUAAAGGCCUGCCAACGCACGUAUCCUCUGCUUUGCAGGAGGGCAUCGACUCACAGAAAGGUUUGAUGGCUUACAUCUUUAGGUUCAAGGCUGCAAAAGCACUCUCUAUCAUGUCCAUUCCUAUGCUCUUGCCGAUCGACUUGGCGUAUAGCAUAACAUGGAGGCUGGUGGAGUAUGCUCCACACUUGAAGUCCGACUUCACGUGGUUUGUUGGGCAACUUGCCAGUCUUUUGCUAAAACUCAUGAGCCGAAUCAACAAGGGACGGCACAGCUACAGCGCCAGGCUGACGUGUCAGUUUGCACUGACUGAGUUUCACCAGGACGACACUGAGGAGUCUGCAGAGCAUCACGUUGCCCGUGACGACCAGCAGAGCAGGAACUUUGGCUUCAGCGUAGACAUGGAGGCGGACGCGAUGCGCAGCGCCGGACGCAUCUUCCGCAACCUGUCGCAGAAGGAGCUGACACUAGAGGCCAGCAGCAUCGUGCAGGCCGCGGUGAAGGUGGAAGAGGAGGCGAUAGCACAGCAGCGGAGAUUGGCCCAGCACGAUCCCAUGGUCGAUACCUACGAUAACUACGUUGAGGUGAGUGGUGGUGGGGAUCGAGGGAGGGAUUUACAGGAGAUCUCGCGGCAAGGUGCGAUGGCAGCAUGAAAUGCCAUCUCUUACUCACUCUCGGUGCAUUUCUCCCUAAGCGAUUCUGGCGGAGUUCUUAAUAACAGAGACCCGUUCUUCCCUAAACCAACUUAGAUAUCAUGAAUGCCGUCAAACCUCUGCAUGUUCCUACUAACCGAUUGGCGGUAAAUUCUCGUGCACUGCGCGCCGAACAAAUCAUCACAAAUCAUUGAAAUGUGUUGAGCAUCGAGCGCUCGCGCGGUGGCCAUUUUACCAAUAUGGCGUCUCCUAAAUCUGCAUCACAAUGACGACCACCCGCAACAACGAAAUCCAUCGAUCGACCGAACUAACA